AGAAUACAAAUGUUGUUGGCAGACGAUGUAUUUCGUAGCAGCGUUAACUCAGAAGUUUUAUUUGCUGAAAAUAGGUGUGACGGUGAAACAGACAUAGUUCCUGAUGUAUUUGCUUUCUUGAAGGAUUAGCAUUGUUAAGCCAGUAAAAUGUCAAAGUGGGCUCCAGUGAAAAAACUAGUGAAAAAUACAAAUGUUAGUCUCAGUGAAAGGAGAGAGAGUGCUGUAGCAGUAUUGCGUAACCGCAGAAGAGUCACUAGUGGACAAGUUACAAUAUUGGAAAGUGAAAAUAAAGCCAAACUUCAGCGUGAAACAAGAAAAAAUCGACUUGAUAAUGGACAUAGAUUGCUUAUUCAUAAUACAGCUAACCAUCUUGAAUUGGAUGAAGCAGCUGUGGAAGAAUUCAUUCUUGAUUCAGAAGAGCAUUUAGCUUUGCUUGAAAAGUUCUUUUCACCAAAUGGAGAUCGAGCACUCAAGUUUUAUUACCAAGAAGCAAAGAUUCCUGCAAUAUGUGAAUGUGGACGUUUGUAUCCUGGUUCUCGAAGGGAAGCAAACACAAUGCGUGUACUAUUAACAACUGGAUCCACGAUUCCUUUGACUGGCAUUUGUAUUUAUUAUCUGAGAUUGAAACCAAAUGUUGCUCUGAAUGCAGACAAUAUCUUUGAUGAAGUGUAUUUUGGAAUACUAACUAAGCAUCCAGAAAGAGGCUUACUUGGAAGCUUUGAAUUUGCACUAAAAUCUAUCUAUGAACCAGCAUUGAAUAAGGUACAAUCUCAGUGGGGCGAACUGAAUUCAACACACGGCAAACAAAUCAGGAAGGACUUUCUUUUAAACUAUGAAAGUUUCAUUCAGUACCUUCGAAGUGCUCAGGUCCAUGCAUUUGAAAUCGUACAACUUGAGGAACUGAAUAAUGAAAAGGUUUGCUUGAAGAAAAUGAAGACAAUUGGCGAUUGUGUGCUGAUGGCUGCCAACCCAGAAAUUGUGUCAAUCUUGGAAGAUAUUGCCACAGUUUGGUGCAAACAGAUUGAGCAGAUUUUGGUUGAAAGUGAUCAAGUGAGGAGGGAAGCUGAUGACACAGGACCACUGGCCGAACUGGAACACUGGCGGCAGCUGACGGCACGCUUCAGUUCUCUGCUGGAACAGAUCAAGAGUCACAAGUGUCGUAUGGUGAUCAACACUAUCCACAUUGCUAAUUGCAAGAUACUCAAGAAAUGGAAGGAGCUUGACAAGCGGGUUACAGAUAAUGCAAAUGAAGCUAAAGAUAAUGUGAAAUAUCUGUACACAUUGGAGAAGUACUGUACUCCUCUAUACAGAUGUGAUCCAGUGUCAAUGUUGGAUGCAUUGCCAGGUUUGAUGAAUGCCGUGCGAAUGAUUCACAGCAUCUCUCACUACUACAACACCUCUGAGAGAAUGACCUCAUUGUUUAUAAAGGUCACAAACCAAAUGGUGAAGGCAUGCAAGUUGUAUAUUGUGGAAGAUGGAUUGUAUCCUAUCUGGGAACAGCCAUACAAUGAACUAGUUGAAAAAUUGAACCAUUGUUUGAAACUCUACAAAACAUACCAGCAUCUUUUUCACAAAACAAGGAAAAGGAUUGAACAGACCCCAGGAGAAAGGCCAUUUGAAUUCUCAGAGAUGAAUAUCUUUGGCAAGUUUGACUCGUUUUGCAGAAGGCUUGAGAAGAUCAUAAAAUUGCUGGAGUAUAUUGAUGCCUACUCCACUAUUGGUGUGUCAAAGAUUGAAGGCCUUGAACCAUAUGCAUCUCGUUUCCAACACUUGUUUGGCAUCAUAAAAAAAAAGACAUACGACAUUCUAGAUCAGAGGAAAGUUGACUUUGAUAAUGACUUUGAGGAUUUCUGCAGACAAGUUAGUGAACUUGAGCAUGGAAUCCAGUUAUUCAUGGAUUCAAAUUUUCAUAAAGUGAAGUCAACUACCAAGGCACUGGAGCUCAUAGAAAGAUUUGAGAAGCUGAAUAUUUCAAAGCUGAACAUCAGAGAAAAAUACCAUGUGAUUUUGGUCAGAUAUGGGGAAGAAGUGGAUCACAUAAGAGAGCUGUAUGAAAAGAACAAAGAUAACCCUCCUGUUGCUCGCAACAUGCCACCAAUAAGUGGUAAAAUCAACUGGGUUAGACAGCUGUUGUAUCGUCUUUUUGGACCAAUGGAAAUAUUCAAGAUUCGUCCACCAUGUCUGUUUACUUAUGAAGGCAAAAGGAUUGUUCGAAACUUCAACAGAAUUGCGCGAGUUCUCGUACAAUAUGAAAUAUUGUACCAUUCUGCCUGGUUCCAAUCUGCCGAACUUGCUUUCAAAUAUCUUCAGGUGCCAGUGUUGGUCUAUCAUCCCAUCACAAACGAACUGGUUAUGAACUUUGAGCCUUACCUCCUCGAGGUUAUGAAGGAGGCUGACCACAUGCUGAAACUCAACUUGGAGGUUCCACAUACAGCCAAACUGUUGCUAGUCCGAGGCGAUAAUUUGCGAAAUAAUGUUGCUGAAAUGCAGAUGUUGCUGAGUGAGAAAUCGACCCUGUUUGAUUCAAUAUCAUACAGCUUGCAUGUUCUUCUUGGACCUGCCAUGAAGAAAGUAGAAGCAGCUUACAAAGCUGGUCUCGUCUCCUACACUUGGACAUCUCUCAAUCUUCCAAACUUCUUUUCCAAAAUAAGGACAGAACUUCACGAGCUGAAAAUAAUUGUUAAGCAGGUGAAAGAUUUGAAGGAUACACACAUCAUGAAAAUUCUGCAAGAUAUCAGUAACACUAUGCUGUACGACCUUCCAGAAGUGCUUCCAUGUAAACUGAGUGUAAUCCUCAAACAUAUGACGGACUACUCGAAAGUAGUGGCUGGGGAUCUGAACCGGAUGAGCCAGAUCAUAAAGAAUGCUGUAGUUGACCUUAUUUCCCUGUUUUACACUCUGGCCGGAGUUAAUGAAGAGGAACAGCAUCCAGAGGAUCAACAAGCAGAUCGCCAUCCAGAUCCCCAAUCGGAUCCCCAGUCAGAUCCCCAAUCAGAACCUCAGUCAGAAAAACAUGUUGCUCCCCAUGCAGAUCUUCAUUCAGCUACGAGCACCAUUCCAGAGGUUGGUUUGACAUUUGAAGAAACACGCAUGACACCAGAACAGAUGAUCAAAGAGGCGUGCGAGGAGUUCUUUGAUUCUUGCAACCAGAGACUUCAGGAUGCUCUGCUACAUGCUACUAAAUGCUCCUUAGAUUCUUUGAAAAAGAGAAUUUCCUUGAGUCUACAUCGAGCAAUGUUGACAGUGUUUGAUGAGGGUCUCCCUCAACAAGAAGAAAUAUCUCCAGUAUUUCUAUGCGAUAUUGUUUUGGCUAUACCACAAGUUGUAAUGCAGCCAAGUCUUGAUGAGGUCCAGGUCGUUAUUAACGCUGCCACUCAGUUAAUUGUAAAAAUUAGUAGAGAUGUUCAGGUGUGGAAACAUGGAAAACAUGGCCUGUCGUGGCUUUUGAAGAACAAAGGUGCAGCCGAAGACAGUGACUCAUCGUUGGUAGAAGUCGUAUCUUAUCAAAAAGAAAAUUACUACAAAAGUCUUGCUGAGAACCAGGAUCUAAACAAGUUCAUGAGUAUGUUGUCAUCGGUGACUGGAAUGCUGAGGAAUGAAGUUAACGCAUCAAUGAAAAGCUAUUAUGACUUUUCUUUCCUCUGGGCUGAAGGUCGAGAAGAAGCAGUUGCUGAAUUUGUUGCAAGUGAUCCUUCACUUUCUGAUUACAAAGAAAAACUGGACACAUUUAAGGAAGUAGAAGAAGCUAUUGAUGAAAUACCUCUGUCUAAGAUUGUUGGUCCUUUCGAACUCCUUACAGAAUCAUUAAAACUGGGCCUGAAGGUUGAAAUCAAAGCCUGGAAGCGGCUGUAUGGAAAUGAACUUGCUGUUGUAUACCGCAAAAAGAUGGAUGAUAUUCUGGAGUUUGUGGAGGAUUACAACAAACGCUUGAUACGUCCUGUAAGAGAUUUGGAAGAUGUCCGACAAGUCAUGGAAGCACUGUCAGUUGUUCGAGAUAAUUAUAUCCAGAUGGAUAUGACUUUAGGACCAAUAGAGGAAGCCUACAUGAUGUUGUCUGAGUUUGAGAAAAGUGUGUCAAAAGAGGAAAAUGACAAGGUGGACACAGUUCGUUACUCAUUUGAGAUGCUACUCAAUAAAGCUACUCAAACCCAAGACAAACUGAUAACAGUACAACCCACGUUCAAGACAGAACUUUUGACAGCGGUUGAAACCUUCUACAAAGAUGUUGACAGUUUCUCGGAAAAAUAUGAGUCUGCUGGUCCAAUGUCACCAGGUAUAUCACCUACUGAAGCCAAUGACAGACUCAUAGUCUUCCAGAGCCAGUUUGAUGAUUUGUGGGGUAAAUACAAAACCUACUCCUCUGGAGAACAGCUGUUUGGGCUCUCAGUCACAGAUUAUCCAGUACUGGACAAGAUCAGAAAGGAGCUCAACUUGUUGCAGAAACUAUACGGUCUCUACACGACAGUGAUGACAGUGAUUAAUGGCUACUUUGAUAUUCUGUGGGAGGAUGUGGACAUUGAUAAAAUAAACAUGGAAAUGACUGACUUACAACUUAGAAUCCGACGUCUGCCCAAAGGAUUAAAAGACUGGCAGGCCUUCUUAGAUCUAAAGCAGAAAAUAGACGACUUCAGUGAGUCUUGUCCUCUCCUCGAGUUGAUGUCAAACAAAGCAAUGAAAGAAAGACACUGGGAUCGUAUAGCUGCGCUCACUGGCCAUACUUUUGACUUGGACUCGGAUGGAUUCUGUCUUCGAGACAUAAUGAAAGCACCACUGCUGCCAUAUAAAGAAGAAAUUGAGGAUGUGUGCAUUGCUGCUGUUAAAGAAAAAGAUAUAGAAUCCAAAUUGAAGAGUGUCAUUUCUGACUGGAAUAACCGAAAUCUUAGCUUCUCUACCUUCAAAUCUCGUGGAGAACUUCUCUUAAGAGGGAUUGAGACGGCAGAAAUUGUUUCCAUGCUGGAGGAUAGUUUGAUGAUCUUGAGCUCUCUGAUGAGCAACAGAUACAAUACUCCAUUCAAGAAGAACAUCCAGCUAUGGGUUGCUAAUCUGUCGAACACAAAUGACAUUUUGGAGAACUGGCUGGUUGUUCAGAACAUGUGGGUUUAUCUCGAGGCCGUCUUCGUUGCAGGAGACAUUGCCAAGCAGCUGCCACAGGAGGCAAAACGGUUUAAUAACAUUGACAAAUCCUGGUGCAAGAUCAUGGUACGAGCUCACGAGAUUAUCAACGUUAUACAGUGCUGUGUGGGCGAUGAAACUCUUGGUCAACUGCUGCCACACCUACUGGAGCAGCUGGAGCUUUGCCAGAAGUCACUCACAGGGUAUCUUGAAAAGAAGCGUCUCGUUUUCCCCAGAUUUUUCUUCAUAUCUGAUCCUGCACUGCUUGAAAUUCUUGGACAAGCUAGUGAUUCACACACAAUUCAGCCACAUCUACUCAGCAUCUUUGAGAAUGUCCAUAGGGUGGAAUUCCAUGCAAAAGAAUAUGACAGGAUUCGUUCUGUUGUUUCCAAAGAGGGAGAAAAGAUAAUGCUUGAAAAAAAUGUUGUAGCUAAAGGACAUGUUGAGGUGUGGCUUGGAGCCUUGUUGAAAGAACAGAAAAGGUCAUUGCAUGCCGUUAUCAGGGAUUGCAGUAUGUCCGUUAAUGCUCCAGAGUUUGUUUUACUGGAAUUCUUGCAGAACUACCCUGCACAGGUUGGUUUGCUUGGCAUUCAGAUGCUGUGGACUCGUGAUGCGGAAGAAGCACUUAAAUCUUCUAGAUUUGACAAGAAAAUAAUGUCCACAACCAACCAGUCAUUUUUGAGUCUUCUAAAUAUUCUGAUUUCACAAACUACACAUGAUCUCUCAAAGGUUGACAGAGUCAAGUACGAGACACUGGUCACGAUACAUGUGCAUCAGAGGGACAUCUUUGAUGAUUUGGUGAAGAUGCACAUCAAGUCCGCAACAGAUUUUGAGUGGUUAAAGCAGGUCAGGUUUUACUUCAAAGAAGACACCAACUUGUGUGUUGUACAGAUUACUGAUGUGGAGUUCAUUUAUCAAAAUGAGUUUCUCGGCUGCACUGAAAGACUUGUCAUCACACCACUGACUGACAGAUGUUACAUCACAUUAGCUCAAGCCCUGGGCAUGUCUAUGGGUGGUGCACCUGCUGGGCCAGCCGGGACAGGGAAAACCGAAACCACUAAGGAUAUGGGAAAAGCUCUUGGAAAGUAUGUUGUGGUCUUCAACUGUUCCGACCAGAUGGACUUCAGAGGUCUUGGACGCAUCUACAAAGGUUUGGCUCAGUCUGGAUCAUGGGGAUGCUUUGACGAGUUCAACCGUAUUGAUUUGCCUGUGCUGUCCGUUGCAGCACAGCAAAUCUACAUUGUGCUGAUGGCCAAGAAAGACCGAAAGAAGGAGUUCAUUUUCACUGAUGGUGACUUAGUGGCUAUGGAUCCAGAAUUUGGAAUUUUCAUCACAAUGAAUCCGGGUUAUGCUGGUCGGCAAGAAUUACCAGAAAACUUGAAAGUGCUAUUCAGAACAGUUGCCAUGAUGGUUCCUGAUAGACAAAUCAUUAUUCAAGUAAAGCUUGCCAGUUGUGGUUUCAUAGAAAAUAACACUCUUGCCCAGAAGUUCUAUACACUUUACAAACUUUGUGAAGAACAGUUGUCCAAACAGGUUCACUAUGAUUUCGGCCUUAGAAACAUCCUGUCUGUAUUGCGUACACUAGGCGCAGAGAAGCGGGCUCGUCCAAACGACACAGAGAGUACAAUUGUUAUGAGAGGUUUGAGGGAUAUGAAUCUGUCAAAACUGGUGGAUGAAGAUGAGCCUUUGUUUAUGAGUCUCAUUGAUGAUUUGUUUCCUGGCAUCAAACUGGAUGCUGCCACCUAUGUUGAUCUUCAAAUUGCCAUUGAAAAACGGGUGGAGGAAGCUAAACUCAUCAAUCAUCCUUCCUGGAAUCUUAAAGUUAUACAGCUAUUUGAGACUCAGAGAGUCCGACAUGGUAUGAUGGUAUUGGGACCUAGUGGUGCUGGCAAAACAUGCUGUAUUCAUACUCUGAUGAAAGCAAUGUCCGAUACUGUGGCACCUCAUCGUGAAAUGAGGAUGAACCCAAAAGCCAUCACAGCACCUCAAAUGUUUGGUCGUCUUGAUGUUGCGACAAAUGACUGGACAGAUGGCAUUUUCUCAACUCUGUGGAGGAGGACUCUUAAAGCCAAGAAAGGAGAACAUGUCUGGCUGUUGCUAGAUGGGCCAGUGGAUGCCAUUUGGAUUGAGAAUCUUAACUCUGUGCUGGAUGACAACAAAACGUUGACUCUUGCUAAUGGUGAUCGGAUCCCCAUGGCCGCCAACUGCAAGAUUGUCUUUGAAGUGCACAACAUAGACAAUGCCUCUCCAGCCACUGUAUCCAGAAAUGGUAUGGUCUAUAUGAGCAGUUCGGCUCUUGAUUGGAGACCUAUUCUACAGGGUUGGUUGAAAACCAGGAAUGCAAAUGAAUCGGAUAUAUUGUUGAAUCUGUUUGACAAUAUAUUUGCUGACCUGCAUGAGUUUGUUGAUGUUUCACUAAUGCCUAAGAUGAAAGUUCUGCAGUGUAACUACAUCAGACAGGCAUGUGAUCUCCUAGAUGGCCUGAUAUCGAUCGAUGACCCGAAAUCGGCACAGUACUCGGCUAAGCAUCUUGAGCAGCUGUUCAUCUUUGCGCUGAUGUGGAGUUUGGGAGCCCUGCUGGAGCUUGAUGACCGGGAGAAGAUGGAGCAAUUUAUUCUGAGUCACGAAUCCAAGUUCAAACACCCACCUGUUGAGGAGGGUGAAACCAUGUUUGAAUAUCUGGUUGAUGAACAAGGAUCAUGGGUUCAUUGGUAUAGCAGGGUGGAGGAUUACAUCUACCCUUCUGACAAGGUGCCUGAGUUCACUUCAAUUCUCAUUCCCAAUGUUGACAAUGUGCGGACAAAUUUCCUCAUUGACACCAUUUCCAAACAAUACAAGGGUGUUCUGCUUAUUGGAGAGCAAGGUACGGCAAAGACAGUGAUGAUUAAGGCAUUCAUGAAUCAUUAUGAUCCUGAUGUGCAUCUUGCAAAGAGCUUCAAUUUCUCAUCAGCUUCUACACCUAUGAUGUUCCAGCGGACAGUUGAAAGCUUUGUAGAAAAGAGAAUGGGAACCACAUACGGUCCUCCUGGUGGGCGGAAGAUGACUAUUUUCAUAGAUGAUAUCAACAUGCCCAUCAUCAAUGAAUGGGGAGACCAGAUUACAAAUGAGAUUACCCGGCAAAUGAUGGAAAUGAAGGGAAUGUACAGUUUGGACAAACCUGGGGACUUUCUUUCCAUUGCAGACGUGCAGUUCCUUGCUGCCAUGAUUCACCCCGGUGGAGGCAGAAAUGACAUUCCACAGCGAUUGAAACGCCAUUUCUGCAUCUUUAACUGCACCCUGCCAUCAAACAAAUCCAUUGACAGGAUAUUUGGCAUCAUUGGUGAAGGAUAUUUCUGUCCUGAACGCUUCAACCAAGAAGUGUGUGACUGUGUUAAACUACUUGUGCCUGCUACAAGAGUCCUUUGGCAAAAAAUAAAGACGAAAAUGUUGCCCACUCCAGCUAAGUUUCACUACAUUUUCAACUUGCGAGAUCUCUCUCGCAUAUGGCAAGGAAUCCUGACCAUCACCGGUGAAGAAUGUAAAGACCAAAUCAUGGUGUUGGCUUUGUGGAAACAUGAAUGCACAAGAGUCAUUGCAGACAGAUUCACUAAUGAAAAGGACAAACGUUGGUUUGAAGUUGCCCUAAAGAAUACAGUGGCCUCUGAAAUUAGUGAAGAUUUGGUUAACCAACUCCAUGAAGAGCCUUACUUUGUCGACUUUUUGAAAGAUGCGCCUGAAGCCACAGGCGAGGAAGAUGAUGAUGCCACGUUUGAAGCUCCCAAAAUCUAUGAAAUGAUGCCCAGCUAUGAAUUCAUACUUGAAAAGCUACGAUGUUUCACCACGCAGUACAAUGAAUAUAUCCGAGGUGGGAAUCUUGAUCUGGUGUUCUUCAAGGAUGCUUUGGUUCAUUUAAUGAAGUUGUCACGGAUAAUUCGUACUCCACGAGGUGCUGCGUUACUCGUGGGUGUCGGUGGAUCUGGCAAGCAGUCACUAACUCGACUUACUUCAUUUAUUGCUGGAUACAAAAUAUUUCAAAUAACAUUGACCAGAUCAUACAAUACUGGAAACCUGCUGGAUGACUUAAAAUACCUGUACCGUGUGGCAGGGAGUGAAGGACAUGGCAUCACUUUUCUCUUCACAGACAAUGAAAUCAAGGAUGAGUCUUUUCUCGAAUACCUUAAUAACAUGCUCAGUUCUGGAGAGAUCUCCAAUCUGUUUGCCCGAGAUGAGAUCGAUGAGAUAACGCAAGACUUGAUUCCUGUUAUGAAAAAAGAGUUUCCCCGCAGACCACCCACACAAGAAAACCUCUAUGACUACUUCAUAUCUCGUUCCAGGAACAAUCUGCAUGCAGUUCUCUGUUUUUCACCUGUCGGGGUAAAGUUCCGUACGAGAGCGCUAAAGUUUCCUGGACUGAUCUCUGGCUGCACGAUGGACUGGUUCAGCAGGUGGCCGCGGGAUGCUCUGGUGGCUGUGUCAGGACACUUCCUCAAUGCAUUUACGAUGCAGACUACAGACGCCAUCAAAAAAGAAAUUGUCAAUACCAUGGGUAUUAUUCAUGACAACGUUGCAGCCACAUGUGUAGAAUACUUUGAAAGGUUUCGCCGCCAAACACAUGUGACUCCCAAGUCAUAUCUUUCCUUCUUGAAUGGCUUUAAGACUGUUUACUCGGAAAAGUUAAAAGAAAUUGCUGAAUCAGUUGAGAGGAUGAACACUGGACUGGACAAGCUCAUUGAAGCGACCGUGUCUGUGGAUCAACUAAGUAAAGAGCUUGUCGUGAAAGAAAAAGAUCUGGAAGUGGCCAAUGCAAGAGCUGAUGAGGUUUUGACUGAAGUAACAGUGAGUGCUCAAGCUGCAGAGCAUGUUAAAAUUGAGGUUGAGAAAGUCAAAGACAAAGCGCAAAAAAUUGUGGAUGGAAUUAACGUGGAGAAAGCUGUUGCACACGAGAAGUUGGAAGCUGCUAAACCAGCUUUGGCAGAGGCUGAAGCUGCUCUUCAGACCAUCAAACCAUCUGACAUUGCCACCGUGAAGAAACUGGGAAAACCACCUCACCUGAUCAUGAGAAUCAUGGACUGUGUCUUGCUACUGCUGCAAAAAAAGAUCGACCACUUGCAGAUGGACCCGGACCGGCCCUGUCCAAAACCGUCUUGGAGUGAAUCACUAAAGUUAAUGGCCGGGGCAUCUUUUCUAACAACUCUGAUGAACUUUCCAAAUGAUUCGAUCAAUGCGGAGACUGUGGAGUUGCUUGAUCCAUAUCUAGGUAUGGAAGACUACAACAUGGAAACGGCCAAAAGGGUCUCAGGAAAUGUGGCUGGUCUCCUCGCUUGGACCAAAGCUAUGUGUGUUUUCUAUGAAAUUAACAAGGACGUGUUGCCACUCAAGACAAACUUGGCCAUGCAAGCAGCCAAGUUAGAAGUGGCUCAAAAGGAACUACAUCAUGCCCAGUGUUUGCUGGAUGAGAAACAAAAGGAAUUGGAUGCUGUGCAAGCUGUCUACGAGGCAGCCAUGAGAGAAAAACAGGAACUAAUGGAUGAUGCUGAAAACUGCCGCCGCCGUAUGGGUGCUGCUUCUGCAUUGAUUGGUGGAUUGGCAGGAGAGAAAAUAAGAUGGACAGACCAGUGUAUCGAGUUUAAAGCCCAAAUAGAAAGACUUGUUGGAGAUGUCUUGUUGUGUACGGGAUUCUUGUCCUACUCUGGUCCAUUCAACCAAGAGUUCCGCACCAAGCUAAUAUCAGACUGGAAUAAGGAGAUGAGCACUCGAAAUAUUCCACACACCCGAAAUAUUAACCUUAUUGGCAUGCUUGUUGAUAAUCCAACUAUCUCCGAGUGGAAUAUUCAAGGCCUUCCUAAUGAUGACUUAUCAAUACAGAAUGGAAUCAUUACAACAAAGGCCUCACGAUAUCCUCUGCUUAUCGACCCACAAGGUCAGGGGAAAACCUGGGUUAAAAACAGAGAAAAGGAAAAUGAUUUACAGGUAACCUCACUGAAUCACAAAUAUUUCCGAACCCACUUGGAAGACUGUCUGUCACUGGGACGUCCUUUGUUGAUAGAGGAUGUUGAAGAAGAACUCGAUCCAGCCCUUGACAAUGUUCUUGAGAAGAACUUCAUCAAAUUGGGCACCACUCUUAAGCUUAAAGUUGGCGAUAAGGAGAUUGAUAUAAUGAAAGGCUUUUACUUAUACAUCACUACAAAGCUGCCAAAUCCAUCAUAUUCACCUGAGGUUAGUGCCAAAACAUCCAUUAUUGACUUCACAGUGACCAUGAAGGGUUUGGAAGAUCAGCUGCUUGGACAUGUUAUUCUCAAAGAAAAAAUUGAACUGGAAGAGGAAAGGGUAAAAUUGGUGAAAGACGUGACUGCCAAUAAACGGAAAAUGCAAGAGUUAGAAGACAACUUACUUUAUAAGCUGACCAGUAUACAGGGAGCUCUAGUUGAUGACGAAUCACUUAUCGAAGUGCUGACCAACACGAAAAUUACUGCAGCAGAGGUCAGUGAGAAACUGACCAUAGCAGCUGAGACUGAAAUCAAGAUCAACGAGGCACGAGAAGAAUUUAGACCAGUUGCCGCCCGAGGUAGCAUUCUGUACUUUUUGAUCUGUGACAUGAGCAUGGUGAAUAACAUGUACCAGCUGUCUCUCAACCAGUUCCUUGGAUUAUUUGACAAUUCCAUGACUAAAUCUAAGAAGAAUCCCUUAGCAAGCAAACGAAUUGGUAAUAUCAUGAAUUACCUGACGUACGAGGCAUUUUGCUACACUUGCCGUAGCUUGUACGAAGAGCAUAAGUUUCUCUUCACUCUUCUGAUGGCUCUGAAGAUGGACCUGCAGAAAGGCGCCAUAACGAUUUCAGAAUUCCAAAUAUUAGUCAAGGGUGGUGCUGCACUUGAUCUUAAUGCUGUUGCCCCUAAACCUUGCAAAUGGAUCUCAGAUAUGACUUGGCUCAAUUUAGUACAGCUUAGCCAUCUUAGACAGUUUUCAGAGAUUCAGAACCAGGUUGAAAGACAUGAAAGGGACUGGAAAUCUUGGUUUAGCUCUGAUAUACCAGAAGAGGAAAUAAUUCCUGAUGGAUAUUCUUCUGCCUUGGAUGCAUUGAGAAAGCUUUUACUUAUUAGAUCUUGGUGCCCGGAUAGGACUAUAGCUCAGGCCCGGAAGUACAUCGCCAGCUCUAUAGGUGACAUCUUUGUUGAGCCUGUCAUUCUGGAUCUGGAGAAGAUGUGGGAUGAAAGUUCGCCAAAUAUUCCUCUUGUCUGUCUGCUGUCCAUGGGAUCCGAUCCAACCAGUGAGAUCGAGUUGCUAGCUAAGAAACAGCACAUGGAGUUCAAAGCAAUCUCAAUGGGACAAGGACAAGAAGUUCAUGCCAGAAAGUUGUUAGCCCAGUUUUUCCAUGAAGGGGGCUGGGCCCUGUUGCAGAAUUGUCAUUUGAGUCUUAAUUUUAUGACUGAGUUUCUGAAGCUGAUGACUGAAACACCUCAAAUGCAUAACGAUUUCCGUGUGUGGAUUACAACCGAGGUUCACCCUAACUUCCCCAUCAGUUUGCUUCAGAUUUCUAUCAAAUUCACCAAUGAGCCACCCCAAGGUAUCAAGGCUGGUCUCAAGCGGACAUACAAUGGCAUCACUCAGGAAUUCCUGGAUAUCAUCAACAUGCCACAGUGGAAACCAAUGCUCUAUGCAGUGUCCUUUUUGCACACCGUUGUACAAGAAAGAAGAAAAUUUGGUCCUCUGGGCUGGAACAUUCCUUAUGAAUUCAACACUUCUGACUGGACUGCAAGUGUGCAGUUCAUUCGCAAUCAUCUUGACGAUACCGACAUCAGAAGGGGUGUUUCUUGGACAACAGUUCGAUACAUGCUUGGUGAGGUACAGUAUGGAGGUCGAGUCACAGAUGAUUAUGACAAAAGACUGCUCAAUACUUUUGGAAGGGUAUGGUUUGGAGACUUCAUGUUCCACAAUUCGUUUCAGUUUUACAAAGGCUACAAGAUUCCACAGUAUCAAUCAAUUGACGACUACAUGAUUUUUAUCGAAGAUCUCCCAGUGCUUGACUCACCAGAGGCACUCGGACUCCAUGCCAAUGCCGAUAUCACGUAUCAGACAAACUCUGCAAACCAGAUCCUGGACACGAUCCUCAGUAUUCAGCCCAAGGACUCUGGUGGUGGCAGUGGAGAGACGAGAGAGAGUGUCGUUUACAAAUUAGCAGACGAUAUGCUCGAGAAAUUACCACCAGAUUAUGUGCACCAUAAGGUGCUGGAUCAGUUGAAGAAAAUGGGAUUACUGCAGCCGUUGAUCAUAUUUCUACGACAGGAGAUUGACCGUAUGCAGAGAGUGAUUACUGCUGUGAGGUCCACACUAACAGACCUGAAACUAGCCAUUGAAGGAACUAUUAUUAUGAGUGAGAGACUCCGUGAUGCCUUGGACAACAUGUUUGAUGCCAAAGUUCCCAGUGUUUGGCGUCAGGUAUCCUGGCAAUCAUCAACAUUGGGAUUUUGGUUCACCGAGUUGCUGGAACGAAACGAACAGUUCAGUUCUUGGAUCAACAGUGGGCGACCCGAUGUAUUCUGGAUGACUGGCUUUUUUAAUCCACAAGGCUUCCUGACCGCCAUGAGACAGGAGGUGACAAGAGCACACAAAGGCUGGGCCCUGGACACGGUCACACUACACAACGACAUGCUGAAGCUGUUCAAGGAGGACAUUGUGACACCACCUUCAGAGGGUGUGUAUGUGUAUGGCCUUUUCCUAGAAGGUGCAAGCUGGGAUAAACGUAACAGUCGUCUGUGCGAGUCGUCGGCCAAGGUCUUGUUUACACCUUUACCAGUGGUCUACAUGUAUGCCAUCAACUCCGUGGCUCCCAAGGACCCCCGCCUGUACCAAUGUCCGGUGUACAAAAAACCGAAUAGAACCGAUCUGACGUUCAUCACCAUUAUCAUCCUAAAGAGCACACAGAACCCAGACCACUGGGUGCUGCGCGGGGUGGCUGCUCUAUGCGACAUAAAGUAGACAACAGUGAUAAAACUAAUUAACAAUGCGCUUUGAAAAAUGUGGUAUAAACAUUACUAAAAUAUACCUUCCUUAGAUGGUAUUAGCAAUAUAUAUUUUAAAAAAUAAAUUUUUUAAAUUAAAAGUGGUGCAAUCACUAGUGUGUCGUAGCCAUAUUAUUACUCGUUAUGUAUUUAAUUUGUUACAUUUAUGAAGAAGAAAAAUGUAUCUGUGUGUACAAGUAGAGUAAAACAUAAGACGAACACCACUGUAUACUGUAUAGGUAAGAUAGAUAUUUUCCUAAAUAAUCCACACAACUAAAACAAAUAAAUUAAAAAAUAUAUAUAUACCGUAUAUUGCUGUGUAUUAGCAGACUCCUUGGAUAAGCCGACCUCUUAGUUUGACCCUAAAUAUCUAGUACAAAAUCAUUGGCCUUGUGUACAAGCCGAAGCCAUCUUUUGUCCAGUUGUAUCGAUUUCAAUAAUACUGUCAACAAAUAGACUUGUGCUUUUCUUGUUCAUUAUAUUUGUUUUCCCUUUAAUUAUUACAAAAACGGUAAUCGUGAUCGCAAUCAAUGCGGCAGUGCUAACAUCUACCAUGCCGUGAAAAAUAAUUUAGAACUGAUGAUAAAGCAUAACAGAAAAAUAAAUAAUUUAAGCUGUAACAACAUAUCACUGCACACAAGUAAUUAAUUUAUUCACUGGACAGCAAAAAGUAAAAUCGUUGAGGCAUGUUUAAUCCACCACCACACACAGAAACAAAAGAUCAUGCGGUCCGUGACUGCAGCUGUUCCCUGUAUAUGGUAUGGUCAUUAAUGAGCUUAAUUUAUUUAUGGCAUUACUUCACAGUUUAAUGCACCCUCCCAACAAAACAAUAUUAGAAAUAUAAUACUUGUUUGAAGAAAAAAUACUGUUUUGUAUUUUAAAUUUGCUAUAUGAAAGACU